AGCAGCUGAGCGCGCAUGCGCCUCAUUCCCCGCCUGCAGCCGCCGAAGUCGCGCAGAGGCCUGUGGGUGAGAGGGUGCGCGCGCAGCGCCUCAGACGGGCAGGGAAGGGAGCCGGCCCGAGCUCCGGUGACCUUCAGGCGGCGCUCCGCUAGGAUGGCGCAGUCCGCGCAGAGGCUGGCCAAGGCCGUGGCCACCAGGGCCCCGCAGCUCGUCUCCGCCGCCGUGUCGUUCUCGAGGCCGCGCCUGGCCACCUUCUGGCACUACGCCCGCGUGGAGCUGGCCCCGCCGAGGCCCGCCGACAUCCCCCAGGCCGUGGACAGCAUCAAGGGCCUGGCCCGCAGCUUCCAGGCCGGCCGCCUGGCCCAGCUCACCGUCAAGGAAGCCCUGCGGAACGGCCUGGUGGCGACCGAGGUGCUGAUGUGGUUCUUCGUGGGCGAGAUCCUGGGCAAGCGCGGCCUGGUCGGCUACGACGUCUGACAGGCUUUCCGGCCUCUGCUGUUUCCCUAUUAAAUGGCCGUCCUAAGGCAAUGAUAAGUAA